AUGGCAGCUUCUGGUCACAAGAUGGAUGGGCUUUUCCACGUCCAGACUUACACUUGCGUUCCAGGUAGGAAGACAAGGAAGCGGCCCCGCCCGGGCAGGACUGCAGCCCCGGGCGAGGCGCCCGCGGCGGAGAGCGGCCCCUGCGGUGCGCGGCGCCCGCGCGGGGCGGGCCUCGGGGACCUGGAGCCCGGUUUGCCCGCCCCCGGGCGCAGGGCGGCGGCGAGGGGGCUGCGGGAGGACCUGAGGGGCGCGGCGGGGCCCGAGAUGGGCCUGUCCCGGGGCCCCCAGCAAGAGCGGCCGCAGGAGGAGGCGGCGGCGGCCGGACACGAGUUUUUACUGCCAAAUGAGAGGAGCUUCCAGCAUGCUGCUAAAAGCAAUAAUUUGUAUCUUACGGAGAAGCUGUUUGAAAAGAAGGUUAAUGUUAAUGCUGUGAACAAUAUGAACCACAUGGUUUCGCAUUUUGCAGUGGGGACAAAUCCUUUAUCUGCUGUGGAUUUCUUGCUUAAUCACAAGGUCAGGGUGGAUACUGCUGAUAAGCAUGGCUUGACACUUCUUCAUCUUGCAGCCUGUUCUGGAAGUUUCGAGAGCGUGCUCAUGUUGGUUAGAGCUGGAGCGGACCAGAGAGCCGAGAGGCAGGAUGGAGUGAAUGCCCUCCACUUUGUAGCUCAGAGCGAUAACAUGCACAUCGUGGACCACCUCAUUCAAGAUCUGUACCUGGAAGACCUGGACCAGCCUGAUGAGAAGGGAAGAAAACCAUUUCUUUGGGAAGCAGAGAGGGGCCACAGAAUGAUAGAAAAACUUAUCUUCCUUAAUCUGCAUACUACAGAAAAGGACAAGGGGAGCCCAGCCCUGCACCUCGAAGCAAAGCGUGGGCACAACCCUGUGGUCCUGCUGCUCACCCAGUCACCAGAAAUAGAUGAGGUCAGUGAGAUCAAUAUCAGUGCAACCCAGAACGGCCGUGCAUCACUUGUCAGCUUUCUUCUCAGUGAGAACGUUGAUCUGCACCAGAAGAUGGAACCGAAGGUGUCCCCUCUUCAUUUAGCUGUUCUCAACAACCAUGUCACAGUGGUGAACAGCUUAUUAAGUGCACGGCAUGACGCUGAUAUCUUAAAUCUGAGGCUGCAGACUCCUUUGCAUGUAGUUGCUGAUCUUGGAAAUGUGGAACUUGUGGAAACCCUGCUGAAGGCUGGCUGUAACUUGAAGAUUGUUGACAAGCAAGGGGAGACUGCCCUGGCUGUGGCCGCAAGGAGCAGCCGCAGUCUCCGCAUGGACGUGCUCAUCAAAGCUGAGAGGCACUAUGCCUAGAGAGAGUCUAGGAGCAGAGUGAGAACUUCAAGGGACACAUCAACCCGCUCUACUCUGACGUUCAGGCAGGAUCACAGCCUGGAGACCAGGCACAUUCGCCGUCUGCUCCGGCACCCAGCUUACUGUCAGCUGAAGGCCAAUGAGCGGCAGAGGCUGGCCCGUUCGCGGAACUUUACACAUGCCCAGAGGAGUGCCUCCUUGAGCCGACAAGAACUCCAAACUCUGGUGCCCCCUAGAAGAACCAGUGAAGGAAGGGCUUUCAUGCACUGGGUUUCCUGUCUCACAGCUGCCAGAGGGGGAAUGAACCUGCAACCACAGCUAUGUGGAAAUCGAGUCAGAACUGAGUUCCCCGGAAGCAGGCGUCAGCAUCUGCCCUUUGUGCUUGGCUCACGAAAGCAGAGCUUCUGCGAACACGGCCACAGGGCUCUGCUCACUUGGCUGCACGGGGCCCUGGCGACCCAGGCCACGCCGGUCAAGCACCUACUAUAUGAGGAGCUUUCAGUGCGCACGGACUUUCCAGAACCAGCCGGGUCAUUCCCCAGCUGGGCAUUUGGGAAGUGGAGGGGAACUUCUGUGUGGGGGGGCAUGGUGGGUGUGGGAUGGGAGGUGGGCGAGAGAGCUGCGCCGUCUCAUAAGGUGACGGGACAGUGCCCCACAGCUGAGAAUGGUCUUGCACAGAAUGCCUCUUCCUCUUGGGAACUCUGCAGGUUCGUGUGUUUGAAGAAGUUCUCUCUGCGUUGA